CACACUGCUGCGCAGUGUCUCUCUUCUCAACAAAUUCCUCCAGGUAAAUCCUCUCUUUCCUGCUCACUCCUUAAGUUCAGGCUGAGACAUGGACAAGAGCGUGACAUAAGACUCACAGUCCAAGUUGAUAUUUCCCCAGUACUAUCGUUUUCAAGCCUUACUUUCACAUCUUACCCGUAUUAAACUGUCUUAGGAAUAGGUGAGGUCAAUGGAGAGAACAGUGCCUUGGAUCUUUCUAUCUACCUCCCUCUGCCUGUAUAAGCUGCAUCUUCUUUGCACAGUGCAACAUGCAGUCAUGCAGCCACGUAAUUCUAAUGGUCUGAUAUACUUUGUGAUGGAAGCAAAGUUGAGGUCAAGUUAGCAGAAAUCAUCUCAGACUUGAUGCUGCUUGCCAACAGUACAGACUAAUGUUUCAUCUUGGGGUUCCAUGUAGUUACACUCUUUGUAGGUGCAAGUGGACAGGAGGAAGGCAGAGGGAUGGCAGUAAUGGGGGUUUUCCUGCAGGAAUGCAGCUGUAACCCAGGUGGGGGCUGUAUGCCCCCAAGUCCUGGUUUCAGAAAGGCCUAGCAAGAGUUAGCAAGAGUUAGUUUUCUCCUUUAAAAACACAGAGAACUGGGAAAUAACUUUGUAUUAAUGUGCUGGGAAGAUUUGUUUUACUGCAUGGCAGAGCAUGACAGGGAUUCCCACAUUGCCACGAGAGGUCACUGCGUGCCUCAGGAAUACCCGAGGCAAUGCCCAGCUCUGGGGCUCUCUGCUUGGCAAGGAUCUGGACCCCAGGACAGGGGUGCUCCUCUGGGAUUGCUUUGGUAGAGGCAGAGGAGUUGGCUUUGGGCAUCUACUGUCAGCUUAAAUCUGAGUGGGAGUAACUGAAAAUUAUCAUAUAAUAAUUGGUUUAUGUGAACUGCGUUGUUGGCUUGAGCUCCACGAAGCUCCAUGAAGCACACAGCCUCACUGCCCAGUUUAGCCCAGCGUGGCUGUGGCAGAUAUAAGUGUGUCUCAGGGCUGCUCCAGGCAGAGCGUAUCAUAUAUUGGGAACAAUUUCUUCUCCAAACAGAGCUGAUGCAGUGGCACAGCUUCCCAGGGAAGUGGGGGAGUCCCUGAAAGUGUUCAAGGCCCAUGUGGACGUGGCACUGAGGGCCAUGGUCAGUGGGCACAGCCAGGGUGGGUUGGAAUUGGGGAUCUGAGAGGUUUUUCCAGCCUUCAUAGUUCUAUGGUUCCAUGAUUCUGGCUCUGUGCAGUUUUUCUGUUUUUUUUUCUUUCUGCACUAAUUAUGUUGGUGAUAAGAAGCCAGUAGGUACUUAUGUAAGAGCAACCUUUGCAACAGCUCAGAUAAAAAAUAGGUAAUAAACUGCCAUUCCUUUCAUUAUUCACUAUAGCAGUGUGUCCUACAGGUCCUGCAGCAGCAGAGAGAUGGGUGCAUGAGGGGCGAAAGUGGGCAAAGUCCUUCCUUGUUAGCAUAACUUUCCUGUCUGUUUCCCUACUAAUCCUAGCAUACUUCUCAAUUCCAAGAACUCUGCUUUUGCCACUGCCAACACUCACUGUAGCAGUGUACAUUCUCCUGCUGAUUGUCUUUGGUUUCUUUUAAAGGGUAAUGAAAUCUUAUGGUUCUGUUUCCACGUGCCAGCCAUGAGAACACCACUGCAGAGCUCUGGAGCCUCACUCCAGAGAUUUCCCAUGGUAGAUGGUGAGCUGGAAUUUACUCUCAGAAAGGAAUAGUUCAAAUUCCAGCAGAAGCCCCUCCAAGUUCCCAAGUCACGAUGCAUAGCUGAGGUUCAAACUACUGAAAAUUCCACGAAAACAUGUCAAGUGAUGUGAUAUUUCUUUCCUGUGGUUUGCAGAAGGAGCUUAGGUUUGGAUAAGACAACAGUCUUGAUUGUCACAGAUCCAGGAAACCAACACAACAUUCAGCAAAUUCCCCUCAGGAUGUGCCAAAAAGUAUUUAUGCGCAGAAAGAAAACUUUUUAUGAAUACAGUAAAUGGUAUGGAAAACUCAGUCUCGCAGAUAAUGCAGUUAAGUCAACAUCCUUUACUGCUUUCCCACUUAUGAGUAAGAGGUAUAAAGUCCAGAAGGGCUCAGGUUACUUUUCCAUACUCCUGUCUUAAUCUUAACAUGCUGUACACAAUGGAGAGAAGGGUUGGGUGUGUCCUUUCCUAGGAUUUUUCUGUUGCUCCCAAUGGUGGUAGGACAGUUCCAUCUACACAGGCUCUUUGGGGACACUGGGAAGGUUCUGGACUCCAAAGACACUCAGUUUCCAUAGUCCUGCAGAUGGUGUUCAUGCCUUCAGUCUGAUGGAUUUAAAUAUGGAAGGAGAAUUCUGAGAGCAUUGGGAAUACGCUGGAAAUAAAAGCGUGGGAAAAUAAGCUGAAGGGGACUGUGUGCUGCUGCCUAUCUGCAACUGGGCAGGAGAAACCUUGGAAAAAUGGAAAAUAAGGCAACGAGCAAUGAGACUCAGCCACUGACUUCCAAGAAAGGUAUCUCAGACUGUAACGAAGGAGAAGACUGUAAAGAGAAUGGACUGCUGAUCAGGAACCCUAAAUCUGCCCUACGGCUCGUGGACGAUGGGAAUAAAGUCCAUCCUGGACAGGGAGAUAAAGAGGAGGCAGCUCAGAUCUCAAAUGGCUAUUCAGGAGUUCAGAGCUCCGUGCCUUGCAGUGGGAUGGCAGAGGCAGAGGACGCGCAGUGCACUGCCCCAGCAGCCACAACCACCACCACAACCACCACGUCCACCACAUGUGGAGCAGAAGGCCAGCAGCAGCUGAUGGAGCUGGGAGACAGAGAGACCUGGAGUAAAAAAAUUGACUUUCUGCUCUCUGUCAUUGGAUAUGCAGUGGAUCUGGGAAAUGUGUGGAGAUUUCCCUACAUAUGCUAUCAGAAUGGAGGAGGAGCAUUCCUCAUUCCUUACACAAUUAUGGCCAUCUUCGGUGGUAUCCCUCUCUUCUAUAUGGAAUUAGCAUUAGGACAGUACCACAGGAAUGGGUGUAUUUCAAUUUGGAGAAAAAUAUGUCCUAUAUUCAAAGGCAUUGGCUUUGCCAUCUGUAUAAUCGACCUCUAUGUAGCCUCCUAUUACAACACCAUCAUGGCGUGGGUCUUCUACUACCUCGUGUCCUCCUUCACGACGGAGCUGCCAUGGACCAGCUGCAAUAAUGCAUGGAACACAGGCAACUGCACUACCUACUUCAGCAAGGACAACAUCAGCUGGGCCCUGCACUCCAUCUCUCCUGCAGAAGAAUUUUAUACCCGCCAAGUUCUACAGGUGCAUAGGUCCAAUGGGCUGGAUGACCUGGGGGGCAUUAGCUGGCAAUUGACCCUCUGUUUAUUGUUAAUCUUCAUCAUUGUAUACUUCAGCAUCUGGAAAGGGGUCAAAACAUCUGGCAAGGUGGUGUGGGUGACAGCCACGUUCCCUUACGUCAUACUUUUUAUCCUGCUCGUGAGAGGGGCAACUCUGCCUGGUGCCUGGAGAGGUGUCCUCUACUACCUGAAACCUGAAUGGCAGAAGCUCCUGGCCACUGAGGUAUGGGUGGAUGCAGCAGCUCAGAUUUUUUUCUCCCUUGGCCCAGGCUUUGGGGUCCUAUUGGCUUAUGCCAGCUACAACAAAUUCCAUAACAACUGCUACCAAGACGCCCUGGUUACCAGCACUGUCAACUGCCUGACCAGCUUCGUGUCCGGGUUUGUCAUUUUCACUGUGCUGGGAUACAUGGCCGAGAUGAGGAACGAAGAUGUGUCGGAGGUUGCCAAAGACAUGGGACCCAGUUUGCUCUUCAUUACCUAUGCCGAAGCCAUUGCGAACAUGCCUGCCUCAACUUUCUUUGCCAUCAUAUUUUUCUUGAUGUUACUCACACUGGGAUUAGACAGCACGUUUGCAGGAUUAGAGGGAGUGAUUACUGGAGUACUGGAUGAAUUCCCACACGUCUGGAGCAAGCGCAGGGAAUUCUUUGUCCUCGGUCUGAUCAUCAUUUGCUUUUUGGGGUCAUUAGCAACCCUGACUUUUGGAGGCGCGUAUGUGGUGAAGCUGUUUGAAGAAUACGCCACAGGCCCAGCUGUGCUAACAGUGGUGUUCCUGGAAGCGGUGGCAGUGGCCUGGUUCUAUGGCAUCACCCAGUUUUGCAACGAUGUGAAAGAAAUGCUGGGCUUCGCUCCAGGCUGGUACUGGCGAGUGUGCUGGGUGGCAAUCAGUCCCAUCUUCCUGCUGUUUGUCACUUGCAGCUUUCUGUCCAACCCCCCCGAGCUCCGGCUUUUUGAUUACAACUAUCCCUACUGGACCACAGUAGUGGGCUACUGCAUAGGAACCUCUUCCAUCAUCUGUAUCCCAAUCUACAUGGCUUAUCGGUUGAUCAUCACUCCUGGAACACUUAAGGAGCGUAUUCUGAAAAGCAUUACUCCAGAAACAGCCACAGAAAUUCCUUUUGGAGACAUCCGCAUGAAUGCCGUGUAAGCUAACCUGGUUUCUGGGGAGAGAGGGGAAGCACAGAGUCAAACUUUCCACCCAAGGAAUUAUGUUUCCAGCUGAAAUAAUGGGAUGAGUUUUCUGCGGAGGUUCUGACACUGACAACGGACAUUUGGAAACACGAUGCCUCCAGCACAUCUAUCCAAGCAAUUCAACGAAACCUGCCGUGCACUUCUAACCAGACUGACCUGAGAACCAACUCGUUCUGGAAACCCGAGGAUGUCUGUAUGUGUGAGGACACCACCGCUCCAUGCGUGGGCACAGGGGCUGCUGCAAAGCCUCUCUAGGAUGAGCAGCAGCAGUAGGAUUAGGUUUAGAAUCUCAAGUCUGUGGCAGUUCUCCUGUAUCUUCCUCAAUGUGAUCGUUCGUACUGGGCAAUGUUGUAUUCGCUUCUAAAGUUCUAAUUGCUUCAACUACAUUGAAAAAUACAAGAAUAUUUCCAAUAGCCAUAUAUUACUCAAGUAGCACAGGGUUUUAUAAACUAAUUAGUAAGUUCUCCAACUCCUGGGUUUGUAGUGGAGUCGUCAGAGGAAGCAAUCUCAAGCAGCACCAUACACAGCUCUGCACAACUCAGCGUGCACAUUUGGUAACAUUAUCCUCCUCGUUUCAUUUGUAGAUCGUAGGUUUCUCUUGUUUCUUGUUUAUUCGUGCAAAACCAGUUUUUGUAAUGUGGGCUUCAUAGUUAAGCAACAAAAAGGCUGUGUGGAUCACCUGACAAGCACUGAAGCUGCUAGCACAGCUAAGCUACAUAUUCACAAGAUCCUUGUACUCACAGACCGUGCGUUUGCACCCAAGGAAACUAUAUACCAACAGUGAAUUACUUUGAGUUCAGAUGUCAAAAAGUGGACUCUCACAGAUCUGCUUUUCUUUUGUUUAUUUCUUAAAUUUCAGUUCCACAGCUAAGAUUAGCCAGAGCAUGUGGCUUUCUCUAUUGUUUCCUAGUACAGAGCUCAAGUUUAGAACAACCCUUUUGGCUGGCUGACAGAAGUACGUUUACACAAACCUACAGCCAAGAUUUACUAGCUCUAUUCUUAUGUGAAUACAUUUGGUUUUCACCCUGAAAAAUAACAGUAGAGCUUUUUUUAAAACAAGCAGUUGAGUUCAGCAGGAGAGAUUCUGAUCAGAACUGAUUAUAUUAAGUUUUGAAGCACUGGUGAUAUACAAGCUUCCAUGUACGUACUAACCUUGUCACAUUAUAUCUGUACAUAAACCUCCAACGGGAGCUGCCCUGUAGACUGACUGUCACUGCCAAAUCAGUUGGAGGACAAUAGUUUUGCUGUAGUUACAUGGGAAUUUAGAUAAACCUGAGUAGUCAUUGUUUAUGUAAAGACAUUGCAUUUUCACUCUACCACAUAGUUAUAAAAGUCUAAGAGAAGUAGAAUUAAAUAGAGCAUAAAAGCCUCUUUUGCAUUUCACAGUUUACUUAGGAAACUUAUUGCUACAAUUAAUGACAUGAUACAUGCACACAUAGCAGCAGGCACUGAGAAACCCAUUGAAGAGCUUACAUCAGUACAAAGCAUGUAAGAGGAAAUCAGGGGAGGUGACUCUAUGAUUGCCUUCUGAAAGCACUCACCUCACUUCCACCACUGCUGCUGACCUGAGUUCCCUUGUCUUUAGCUCUCAAUCCCAGCUUCCAACAAGGAAAUAACCCUAAGGGGCAAGGACUGUUCUGUGCAAAUUACAAAGGCCUCCUACACUAUUUUUUAAAAGGGAGUAUGUUCUUGCACUGCCACCAGAAAAACAUAAUAAAUUUGCCUUACUGGAUGCUUACUCAUACCGAAUGGUUUUGAAAUGUAGCCCUCCUGGAUAUCUGAAAACUACUUCCAAAACCAUCUUCAUGGUGAGGAAAAGUUCAACUAGAUAUGCACUAAGAAUUCAAAUUGCCAACCAGAGAAAAGUACUGGUUGUUUUUAAUAAACUUCUCUGUUAUGAGUGUAUUCAUUGGAAAAAAAAAGAUACACAUGAAAUGUCAAUGUAAGAUGAACGAUGUCUGUAUUCAGUAUCAAGUGUGGGAAAUAAAGGAGAAAACACCACACCUUCUCCAUUCAGUGAUAGUGUUUGGUGAUAGUACAGCAGAAUUAGUUGAAUUAAAUAUCAACACUGUCUGCAAAGCCAAAGUUUCUUCUCGAGCCCUUGCAAACAAACCGAAGCCGGGCCUGUUAUUCCUAAUGGAAUAAUCUGCAGAGUAAUAACUGCUAAAAUCACUGCUUCUUAGUGUGCAACACUUCCAACAUGGUCUUCCUUUGUAACAGCAUUUUAAAUGGCAAAAGAGGCAUCUGUAGUUCGUAUUGAGGCAGUACAUACAGUGCCACACACGUUGCCUCUCUGGGAGGUGGUAGCACAGCAUUCUGAUGAGCUGCCCAAGAAAUGCCACGUUUUUCUAGUGGACUAAGUCAGCCAAGAAGCCCCAGGUUUUCUCAGUUUGAAUUUCUCAGCUGAAAAAACCCAGAUAAACACACUCUGACUACAGAUGUACUGAGAGAGACAAAAGUUUGUGAAAUCACUUGAAGACAGAUUGAAAAAGCAAUGCAGAUAGCAAAGCCACAGGACAAAAAGCACUGUCAGAAAUAGGCAGCCCCAAAGAUCAACAGUGACAUUACAUCUCCAUUCUCUUUUCAUCAGGACAAUCCAGUGCAGGGUCUGUAUGGGAACAGGGUUAAGAAAGCCCUCAAGUAAACUAACAAGUUCUCUUUUCCUGACUAUUCCAUUCUAAUUAAGGUGAACUAGCAAGGUGAUUCAGUUCCCGUUUGUUUUCAGAUGGCAUAUUGGUUUCAGCUUUUCUAGAUCUUCUCAUAAGUUCAUUUCAUGUUAUCUCUGAUCAUUGUUUUUGUAUGAAAUACAGUUACUUACAUACCAAAUGGGCUGCACUGCAAUUCCAAGUGUUAGAGGCAAAGAAAUCCUUUCUCCUCAACUCACAUUCCACUUAUCUGCCACACCAGUACACCCCACACUCUAUAAUGAGCACUGAAAAAGGAGUUAAUGAAAUUGCUAAGUUAGGAAUGUGUUCCUUUCAAGCAGGAAUGAAACUGGAGUUUUAGCUGUACAGAAUUAGGCAUUCCCUCCAACUUGUACAUGGAUGCAUCUGUAUUAAUUUAUGCAGCUGUUUAGUUACAAGUGUUGCAAGCUGAUUGUAAGUUAUCAGUAUGUGCCUUGUACUGUAAACUGUUAUUGUAAUAAAUUUAAUAAUCAUAAUCCA